UAUAAAAAGAUUUGGGCUAAAAACACAAGAAUGUGAUUUUGUAUGUAUUUUUAUUUGACAACAACGUAGAAUAUAUAACAACGUAGAAUAUAUGUAAAAAUAUUUUGGCUAAAAAUGGAGGGUAUUAUAAAGAAACAAAUCUUUGACUUUCCACAAUGAGAUAUACAUACAUUCAUAAUCCUUUUUUUUAUAUCCAACGGCAACAUUAUUUUUAUUUUUCAAACGGAAAAUAAAAUUUCUUUUGAAAAUUAUAUUUCUUUAAAUUCUACCAAAUCAAAACUAUAUUAACUUUUCGUCAAAACGUGAGUUAACAAUUAGAGGUUAAAAGUCUUAGAGAAAAUUGCCAAAACAGAACAAAAAACAGCAUGGUUGUCUCUUUGGUAUAAAUUUUUUUUUGUCUAUUAUUUCUCAUUUUUACCCUUUUCAUUUCUAAAACUUAAUGAAAUAAAUAAAAAAAUUAUAAAAAAUACAAACAAUUGAUAAAACACUUAUAUACACAAACUUUUAUUUUUUUUUUGAAAAACUUGAUAAAUUUAAAUUUUAAAUUACGUUCUACUAAAAGUAGUUUUUGUCUUCUACGGAAAAUGAGUUAGUAGAAAUUGAAUUACAGACUAAACAAGUUCAUCUAAUUUUUUUAGAACGAGCAAUCUACUUUUAAUUAAACUUCUAAAUAUGGGGAACUAGGGUCGGCCUGCCAUACGGGCGGAAUAUAAUUUACUUGUAAUCAAGAUUAUUAUUUUUAUAUGAUUUGUAGUUUGUGUUUUAGUUUUACAUUUGCAAGAGAUGUAUAUGAGAUAUACUAUUUUCUUAAAUUUAAAAUUAACAAAAAAAAAACUAAUUUUUACUAUUAGCAUUCUCUCUCUCUCCCUCUUUCUAUCUCUCCCCCUCUCUCUCUCCCUCUCCCUCUUUCACUACGCUACGGGCGUGUUAAUAACCAAAAAUACAUAAAUAUAUCACUUAAAGAGUAUUUCAAAAUGUUUAGCUUCCUUAAAAUUUAAGGUGAUAUUAAUUUUUAGUGUUUUUAGCGUGUAUGUUUUGUUAUUAUUGUUAUAGAUCAUCUUAAUACAUAAAUGUUCAAAGGUUGCAACUUUAAAUACUCUGUUUCAAAAAACAGAGAGACGAUGCUGGAAUACAGAGGAGAAGUGAGGAAGCUAGCGAGCAAGAUGAUGGAAGUGAUGGACGAGAAUCUGGGUUUGCCUAAAGGAUACAUAAAGAAGGCUUUUAACGAAGGGAUGGAAGAAGACGGAGAAGAAGAGACGGCUUUCUUUGGAACCAAAGUCAGCCAUUACCCGCCUUGUCCUCGUCCUGAGCUCGUGAACGGUCUUAGAGCUCAUACCGAUGCGGGAGGUGUGGUGUUGCUGUUCUAAGACGACGAGUACGAUGGUCUUCAGGUGUUGAAAGAUGGAGAGUGGAUCGAUGUUCAGCCGCCGAUGACUAACGCGAUUGUUAUCAACACUGGUGAUCAGAUUGAGGUUCUUAGCAACGGAAGGUAUAAGAGUGCAUGGCAUAGGGUGUUGGCGAGGGAGGAAGGGAACAGGAAGUCCAUUGCUUCUUUCUAUAAUCCGUCGUACAAGGCGGCCAUUGGGCCAGCGGCAGAGACGGAGGGAGGAAGUGAGAAGAAGUAUCCAAAGUUUGUGUUUGGAGAUUAUAUGGAUGUCUAUGCAACCCAGAAGUUCAUGCCUAAGGAGCCUCGUUUUCUUGCUGUAAAGUCUCUCUAAAUGUUGUUUUCGACAGUUAUUUCACUGUUUUAUUUGGUCAAAUGUCAAAUUUAAUAAUUAAUAAUUUGGCAUCUUUUCUUCUGCCUUUGUAUUUUGUUUUUUCAUGUGAUGUAUGAAUCCCUGCCGUGACUUGUGUUUGAAUACAAGUGUGCGCACUCUCUUUUCUUCUGC